UGUGGUUUCAGAAAGACGAAACUUCCUCUAAUAGACGCUCACUGCGGUGCUUGACAGGAACAGACGGAACAGCAUUUACCAUACAAAGCUGAAAGAAACAAGAGUCGCGCUUUCAGGCAGAUUUAAAGGCACAUCUGCGACAAACGGAGAGCUUGGGAUUAUUUAGAUGGAACAGCACCUCCGCUUAAUCCUCCUCCUCCUCUUCCUCUUCAGUAGCAUCAUUUACACACUGCCAGAGCCAUGUAAUAAUGUCAUGCCUUACUGUGAAGCCAAUAAAACUCUUCCCUGGAUGAGGAAAGGAUGCAGGAACAGCUUCAGAUGCUAUGAGGAAUACAUAGCAACCUGCACCAUUGGGAGAGGCAGGACUUUCCCGAGAAUUCGGGGGAUUCUGGACGCUUACAUUCGGGACUUCGACUCAGCUGAAGAGGUGACAAAACACACCAUAGGAGGACCCAGUAUUCACGUCCCUAGCAGAGUUAUGAAUCGCAGCUGGACUCCCGGAAAGCGUGUGGCCGUGAUGCUCUUCAACAGUACCCUCUUUGAGGGAGUCAAUGACAGCGAGUUCCUGGGAAACCAUGUGAUCAGUGUAAAGGUCGGCCACACCUCUCUUCACAACCUUCCUGAGCCUGUGACUCUCACCUUCAAGCAUGACCAGAAGGAUUUGCUUGGAUCCUGUAAGUUUUGGGAAGAAGCAAAGGGAACAGAUAAUGCAGGACGCUGGAGCACAAGGGGAUGUUCGACUAAUCGAACGGACGGGGAAUUUAUAUGCAGCUGUGACCAUCUUAGUUUCUUUGCAGUACUAGUCAACACUGGAAAUAUCAGCGAUGCUCACGCACGCUCCCUCAGCUACAUCACUUACCUUGGGUGCGGACUUUCCAUACUUUGCACCUCCAUCGCUAUCAUCAUGUAUAUAUGUAUGAGGAGAUCUCCUUCUAAGGCAGGGAGGGAGGAGCACUCGAUGGGGCUGCACCUCCAUCUGAUGGGGGCGCUGCUCCUGCUGCACAGCUGCUUCCUGCUGAGUGCAUGGCAAGCAGAGCGUGACAAGGAGGACACCAGAGCCUGCUUGGCCCUGGGCCUGCUGCUCCACUGGGCCCUUCUCGCCACGUUUACCUGGAUGGGCCUCGAGAGCUUCCACCUUUACCUGCUGCUGGUCCGUGUGUUCAACAUCUACAUCAGGAAAUACCUGCUGAAGCUCUCCUUUGUGGGCUGGGGUGUGCCCACCAUUACAGUGGCUAUCUGUGCCCUUAUCCAACCUUACGGCCUUCACAGGUUCCAGUCAGAGGAUAACACCCACACCAGGACAUACACAAAGAUAUGCUGGAUCACAGACACAACAGUGAGGCUUGUCACCGUCACCGCCUACCUGAGCCUGGUCUUCCUCGUCGGCGCUGCCAUGUUGGGCAUCGUCGUGAUAAAACUACGCCGCAAAGAGCACAGAGGCACCGCGGCUCAGAAGCGGCACAUCGGCAGGAACUGCCUGACACUGCUGUGUCUCAGCUGCAUCCUGGGAGUUCCCUGGGGCCUGGCCUUCACCACCUAUGGCCCCCUGACCCUGGUUGGCCUCUACUUCUUCACCAUAGCAAAUGCCUUUCAGGGAGUCUAUCUCUUCUUGUGGUUUCUCUCUCUCACCUAUAAAUCACACGCCAGCUCCACAGGAACAAACCAGUCCACACGCAAGACUGAUAUCAGCUUAGGUCAACUGUAAAUUAAGCUGCGCUGACCCCAGGUUUACAUUAAGGGGGAAAAUGUAGUUAAACCCUUCACAGCUUCAUGCAUUAUCAUUGUAAAAAUGGUUUAUUUGAGGGGGUACUAUAUUUAAAGAUUUGAUAAGCGAGACAGUCGUCUGUUGCCUGCACGAGCAACAGCCAUGAGGAUGAGAAUAAAAAUACCCAGAACCCAGAUUCCACCAAUGGAAAGUCCCAGGAUCAGCAACACAUCUACAAAAGAAAGCAAUUGGUCAGACACCCCGGCCUUCCAGCCAAUCCUGAGCAUAAUGGCACAAAAAAAGGACAGUCAAACGAUCCUGCUCUGCUUUGCAUGAAGAUUUGAAUAAACCUAGUUAAGCAGAAACUAUUCUUUUAAAAUACUUUGAAUAAAAUAAUUUUGCAAUGAAA